AUGGAAUUUGGGAAUGUGAAGCGCCGCGUGGUACGGAAAAAGGACGUCAUCGGGGAACAACCGACGGUUAAGUAUGAGAUCAUCGAGUCGCCACAUCCGUACAACCUGGAACUCUACAAGAAACACCCGAAUGAUGUGAUCAAUUUGGAGGAUUUCGAGAAGAUUGCUUGGCAUCGUUUCAAUGUGUUGAAGGCUGUCGAGGAUAUGAAGGAGCGUCAUGGAGCUGAUCCAAAGGAAUACAUGAAUCAGAUGAACACAACACUGUCGUCAACGAGCAAGGGCGCGUAUUUCCCGGUGGCUUUUCCCGUUGAAUCAAAUCAAUGGAAAAUUUUGAGCUCUGAAGAGAAACGCAAAUGGAAAAGAGAUGAUCUCGUUGGGAAUUACAUACUGAGAUUGGCCUUUUGCAGGACGCCCGAAGAUCAAAAGUGGCUGAUCACCAAUGAAGUCGACUUGUUUCGCUUCAGAUUUCAACACAACAUGACAUUAUCCGACAACUCGAAACGAGACGAUUUGACGCAAUUUCUAAGGGACAAUUCGAUAGACGUGGAACAGCUUUCCGAAGACGAGAAAUUGAGGCUGGGUGAGGAAAUGAUGGCGGGUUGCGCCUAUGCGAAUGGCAUUAAAACGACAAGCGAUUUUUGGAAAAUCAAUUUCACGGCCGCUUCCGACUUGGUCCGUCGACGGAAAUGCUUUUUGAAGGGCGGCAUGGCCUAUUUGCCGACCGAGGAUUUACAGUAUAUCUUGUCCACUCACUAUCGGGUGCAAUUGGCGAUGACGUUGAAUCGAGCCUACAAAUACUUGCCAAAUAUCCAAAAUGAAUCAAACCGAUUGAAGCCGUUUUUGGAGAAACUCGCAAACAGGGCCUACAUUGGAAAAGAGUUCUUGGGUGGUGACAGCACGCAGAUCACACGGCACAUGAUAGAACCGUUAUCGAAAGAUUUCCCGUUGUGUAUGCGAAAUAUUCAUCAAAGUCUACGCGCCGAGCAUCACUUGAAACAUGGAGCUAGACAGCAAUACGGUCUCUUCCUGAAGGCGAUCGGUCUCCCACUUGAGGAAGCGUUGGCGUUUAUGCGAGAGGAAUUCACGAAAAAGAUCGACUCGGAUAAGUUCGAGAAGCAAUACGCCUACAAUGUGCGUCACAUGUACGGAAAAGAGGGACGGAGAAAAGAUUACGCGGCAAUGCCAUGCCAGUUGAUCAUUUUGGGAGCACCGCCAACAGCCGGCGAUUGUCAUGGUUGUCCAUACAAGCACCAAGACACAAAAGUUCUUGAAAGGAGUCUUCUCAAAGAUGGCCUCAACAAAGUACAAGUGGAAAAGAUUCUCAAUUUCACGAAAGUCUCCCGUUUCGACAAGGCGUGCACCCGGCAAUUCGAGUUUGCUCGUGGCAUGAUGGAAGGCGGUUUGGGCCAACUCGUCACCCAUCCCAAUCAAUACUACGAAUUCGCAAUUCAGGUGAGAGACGGUAAACGCCACGAGGAGCAUAUUGAGGUGUUGAAGAGUCAGACGCCGGCCAGCCAUUGGAACUCUCAAGUAACCACAAAUGACAUCCCACCAGCGACAAAUCAUAUCCAGUCAUCGGCGCAAUCAAUGGAUAUG